UCAAUAAAACAAAAAAAAUAAAUAAAAAAAAAGACGCAGACGAAGACGUUUCCAACAGCCUUUUUCAUGUUGAACGUUUGAUUUUCAAAAGUGCAAAUUCAAUAAUCUACAACAAAGGGCAACAAACAGCCGCUGAAGAAACCACAAUAACAACAACAACAACAACACAAGCAAAAAUGCUGCUCAAAAUUUGUCUACUGAGCUGCCUGGCGAUGCUGGUGGCCGGCGAGGAGCUGGCUGUGGGCGCAUCCGCUGAGAAGAGAGAGAUUGCGACAAGUGAAUUUGAGACAGCGCACAAGGUGCCGGAGGCGAGUGCCGUGAGUGAUGAGGGUUUCCAUACGGCACACAAGAUAAGCAUUCGUGCGGCAGAUUCGGCUGAUUAUUCGAUGAAUCUGCUGGCGACCAAGGAACGACCCGAACUAAAUCCGGUGCUCAGUGCGCUGAUCAACGAGGAUGUGAUGAAGAGCAUCGAGGCGAAGCGUGCCAUCGAGGAGGAGGAACUGGCCGAGGUGCGUCGUGAAAUCGAGCAGGCUGCUCUCGACGAGCUGGCACAAAAGGGUAAGGUUGUCACCGAGCCACCAAUCGUACAGCUGACAACAGUGGCGCCCGCCGCAACCAAGAAGAUUGACAAUCUCGAUGAUGAAAUGCUGAUUGAUCCACACGAUGAUUUUGUCAAUCAGAACUUUGCGCUUGAUGGCGCCGGCAGCGAGAACAACAAGAAGUCACGCAUCGAGAUCAAGAAGGGACCCAAUGGCCAGGACUACGAGUACGAGUAUGUCUACUAUUACGAGGAGGAAGACGCUGAUGCUGCUGCCGACGGCAAGGCCAAGCCGGCAACCGGCGAAGCAGGCACCGAUCUCACAGCAGAUACACGUGGCAAGACGCGCUACUCGAACAUUGAUCGCAGCACGCCGGCAACGCCCAGCGAGAAUAGUUUGCACAGUGGCAAGGCCAAGGGACGUGCCUCGAAUGCGGCGGUCAGUGAACAGAACUCGGAGGAUAUUGAGGUGGAACGUUUGCCGCUGAACACCCGUUUCCCAAGUCGUGGCAAGAAUAUCGAUGUGCAGCCGACGCCAGCGCUGGACUCGCUGGAAACGGCCGCGGAGCGCAAGAAGAUAAGCGUUAAGCGACCCAGCCUGGAGCUGGUCGACAGCGAGACAUUCAACACCGAUGAGAAACAGCUGAAGGGCUCACGCAACGGCGACAAGGAGCUGAAGCCAGUGAUUGCCGUCGAACAGGAAGCUGCAGCAGCAGCCGCAGCCGCAGCCGCAGCAGCAGCAAAGGCUGCCAAGGAGCGAAUGGAAGAGCAAAUGCAAAGGGAGAUCACAGGCAAACUAGAGGAGGAGGGUGAGCAGACGACACCCUCUAUGGAGAAGGCAGCACUUGAUCUGUAUGCGAUACUGACCAAUGAGAAUCUCAACAAUGAUGAGACAACCGUUGCGGAUAACGUGGAUGAUACAACAAUUAGUCCAGAUACCGUUAGCACUGAUGAUGAUGAUAGUUUGACCACACUGCAGGAUGAACUCGCCUCGUCAACGACGACAACAACGACGACAACAUCGACAACAACGACGACAACAACAACAACGGAGGCACCCACAACAACGACAACAACAACGACAGCAACACCAUCUCUAUACGGCGGCAGACGUUCCGGUCUCAGCAGUUUGGCUGGACGCAAUCGUUUCAAGUUGCGUGACAGUGCCGGAACCAGUACCACCAGCACCACCGAAUCAGCGCCCACAGAGCCCACGAAAGCUGGCAGAAAUCGCUUCUCGCGUCCCUCAAUUGGUGGCCGUUCUCGUCCUGGAGCUCGCACCACCGCCAGUCCCGAGCCCACCGCCGCCGCUGAACACGCUGUCGAGGAGGAGGUUGUUGCCGCCAAGGAAGUGAAACCCGUUAGUUCCGGCUUCGGACGUGGCAGGCCACGCAAUCGUUUCAAUUUGCGCGGCACCAGCACCACCAGCACCACCGAGAAAUCCGCAGCAGCUGAGGAGGGCGCCGAUGUCGACAGUGCAUCGGCCGAUGCUGCACCCAGCACCACGGCACGCAGCACGCUGCGUGGUCGCCCGGGUUUGAGUUUGCGUGGACGUAGUCGCACCACCACAACCAAGGCGCCGCCAGCAGAGAGUGGCUCCAAUGCCGAGGAGGGCACAGAUGAGGCGAAAUCAGCACCGCCAGCAGCUGCUGAGCCGGCACCUGUGCGUCCAUCUCGCUUCAAUUUGCAUCAUCGGGCCGGUGGCAACCGGUUGCUGCCACGUGGCAAGCUGGGACGUGCCGGUGUGAGCACGGAGGCACCGAAGGAUUCGACUGCCGAAGAUUCGGCGGCGGAUAGCAGCCAUCACAACGAUGUCAAGGGCAGCGAGGCAGAAGCGGGCGCUGGCGACAAGACUGAGGAGAAGACUGAUGAGGCCGAUGCCGCCAAUCAUGCCGGACACGCACCCGGCUUCAAUCGCCUCAAGAAUCGACCGCGCCUCAAUGCGCUGCACAAGACUGACGCGGCGGCCAAGCCAAGGGCAGCCGCUGCUGCCGGCGCAGCUGGUGCGGCUGCUCCCGCUUCCUCCUCCACCGCUCCCUCCUCAUCGGCAACUGGGCAGCGCAAAAUCAAUCCGCUGCUAGCCAAGCGUCGUCUGCAUUUGGGCGGCGCGGCGGCAGCAGCGGCUACCUCGACCACAGAGGCGCCCGCUGAGGGUGGAGCCGCAUCGGAUGGAUCCGGCGAACAGGAGGCCAAGGAUGACGCUGCAUCCGCUGCCAACUCCGAUGAGGCCGGGGAUAGUGCGGCCAAGGAGCAGGAUACAACUGAAGCCGCUGAGGCAACCACCAAGCAACAGGCGCGAGGACUCGGCCUUCUUGGCCAGCGUCGCCGUCUGCCGCUGCGAAAGCCUGGCACCAUACUGUAAACAUUGGGAAAAAACAAAAAAAAAAACAGAAACGCCGUCAAAUGACAACAGCAGCAACUACAAUCCUCCCUCCUGCCCCUUACCACUUCAGCAAGUAGACUUCAUGUGACUGAAGCUGGAAUGGAAAUGAAACUUUAGCAGAUGUUGCAGUUAUUCUUAACCCUUCUCCUCAACCAUGAUCCCAAAAAAAAUUCCACUUGUUCCUUGCCAACUGCUCCUGCCAUUUCUUUCCCUCUCUCUCUCUCUCUAUCUCUCUUUCUCUUUUUCUCUGUUUUUCUUACUGUGUCCCUUGUCCUGCUGCUAUUCUCCUAAUUGGGUGGUUUCCGAGUCACCCGAACCAGCGAUAAUAAUUUUUACAAUUUUCUCUCUCGUCUCCUUGUAAAUUUUUGUGUGUUUUAAUUUCUCAUAGGUUUCGCCUUUCUUAUGUACUGUUCUUAAAACGCGAUUAGCUUUUUACACAUACAAUAAUUAAAAUAAAAUAUUGAAAUAUUAUUUAAGUCCCCCUUUGCGAACAUAAAGUCACCAAAAUGAGAAAAAUGAACAAAAACAAAAAUCAAAUGAAAAUAUAAAAUAAAAAAUAAAAGAAAAGCAAAAUGAUAAAGAACGAAAUGAAGAAGAAGAAAAAUAAAGCAACUUGCAAGCGAAAGCGAAGCCACUUAUAGAUCCUUAAGUUGAACAAAAAAUAAUAUUGAUUGAUAAAAAUAAUACCACAUAACUCUCGCACAUCUGAGCUAGCCAGAGAACAUAAAGCUCAAGAUCUGGCAUCUGUCUGUGUGUGUCUAUGAAUAGCAAGAUAUAUUAUAAAAUGUAUUCCUUUCUCUCUCUCUCAUUUACCUUCUUUUUUUUUUUGAUACAAUAUAAACAACGACUUUUAACGAUAUGUUUUUAAAUAAAAACGAAAAUAAGUAAACACU